AUGUUCAGGACCAAUUUAUUUCAAAACAAAAUUGAUGCAUAUAGCAACCAUACUGCCAAAAGAAAGCUGCUCAAGCUUUAUGACGGGGAUGAAUUAGAUACAUUUCUGUACCUAUCUGAGAAAGGUGAGCUGGAAGACGCACAAAUGAUUGGCUCAUACUUGGAUGGGAUGGAUGGCGAUACACGCGCGUUCCAUCUGUUCAUAGGGCGAUUGCUGUGUCUGUAUGAUGUGACACAUGAACAAUAUGUGAAUUGCUUAUCUGAAUUUGAAAAAUAUCCUCGAAAUGUUCUGUACCCUAAGUUGGAUAAUAUCUUCGAAGUGCAGCAUAACUGCAUCGGUUUUCAUCCCUUAGGACAAUGCUACAAACGGAUGAAGCAACGGUUUGAUGCUGAAGUACAACAGCUUCUUCGCAGGGCAUAUAAUCAAAGGAAAGCCAUCGAAGAGCAGUUGUUUAAGAGGAAUCCACAAAGAAAGGAAAGCCUGAAGUUCUUGGAGGCAAGAAUUUCCACUGUGAUCAAUUGGGAGGAUCAAGAAUGUCUAACUGCUGGUAUUUAUGACAAAGAACUACAAGACAACAUGGUUGCGUGGUUUAUACGGGUAAACAAAAAGGUUAUUGAAAAACUAUCCAGUCGCACAGCAAGAAUUAAGACAUAUUGUAAGUCAUGGUUAAACCUCGAGUCACAGAAUUGCUGUUAUUGGAGUGUUUUGGAAAGCGUUCUUCAAAAUGACGACAUUUACUAUGAUUGUAUGUUAGAAAAGCUCAAGAGGAAGGCUUUUAAUCAGGUGGCACCCGCAGGUGACAUUAUCACAUUAUCUGAGUUUCAAGAAGUAGCAGAACAUUUCAAAACUCUGAGAUCUUCGUUCAUAUUACCACAGGACUGUGAUGACAGUUCUCCAGAACAACUGUCACCGAAGAGCAACGCUCCUCCAAAGUCUCCCUUACCCACCGUCACCAACAAAGUAUGUUGGAAAAGACCUAAGCCACGUAUUACAUUUUCUGGUAAACUCACUAGAGUUUACCAUCCAUAUCAAUCACCUGGUGACUACUUAAUCGAUAUUCCACAUAACAACUCACUUGAACCUGGUCCGUUGGAUGUCGAAACUACAUACCAACAGUUUUCUACAAAGUUUAAGGAUGUAACGGUGAUAUACGUGAGAUGGGACUUUGUUGAAAAAUCGGGCCAGUCGCCAGGAACCGGACCAUUUGGAUGGUUUUUCCUAAUGUUCAGGAAUGGUGGAUAUGUCCCCGUUUACAUUACUGAAAGGGUGCAUAAGGUUGUCUUUGAGCAAAAGGAUGGCUCGUACAAUAAGCAUGUAGAAGAUGAUGAGCUGAACAAAAUGAAUUGGCCCGAUGAGUUAAAAAUGCCAGUUAGCAACAAUAGGGUAUGGGAAGGUCGAUCUGUGUAUAUACCUAUGGAUGAAUUUGCGAAAGAGCUAGUAUUUAGAACUAAAGAAGCUGUUGUUGGAAAUUAUAUCAGAACAAUGCGAGAGUUGGAAGAAUUGGAACAGUUAUAA